AUGCUGCUCCAUUUCUCUCCCACGAAACCCUUUUUCUCUCCACUCAAUCUCCGCCGCAAUUCACCUACAUUCUCCGUUUCUCCGCCGAGAUCCCUCUGCAUUAAAGCAAUCGACGCCGCUCAGUUCUUCGACUACGAAACCAAACUCAAAUCCGAGUACCAUAGAUCCUCUGCUCUCAAAAUCGCCGUUUUGGGUUUCGGCAAUUUCGGUCAAUUCCUCUCCAAAACCCUAAUUCGUCACGGCCACGACCUAAUCACACAUUCCCGCUCCGAUUACUCCGACGCCGCGAACUCAAUCGGAGCUCGAUUCUUCGAUAACCCUCACGAUCUCUGUGAACAGCAUCCCGACGUUGUACUCCUCUGUACAUCAAUCCUUUCAACAGAAUCAGUUCUCAGAUCUUUCCCUUUCCAACGUCUCCGACGUAGCACACUCUUCGUCGAUGUACUCUCCGUUAAAGAAUUCCCGAGAACCCUUUUCCUUAAAUACCUUCCAAAGGAAUUCGACAUUCUCUGCACUCAUCCUAUGUUCGGACCAGAGAGUGGUAAGCAUUCGUGGUCUGGUUUGCCUUUUGUUUACGAUAAGGUGAGAAUCGGAGACGAAGCUUCUAGAAACGAGAGGUGUGAGAAGUUUCUUAGAGUUUUCGAGAACGAAGGUUGUAGAAUGGUGGAGAUGAGUUGUGAGGAGCAUGAUAAGUAUGCUGCUGGGUCUCAGUUCGUGACGCAUACAAUGGGAAGGGUUUUGGAGAAGUUUGGUGUUGAGUCUUCUCCGAUUAAUACUAAAGGUUAUGAGACGUUGCUUGAUUUGGUGGAGAAUACGUCGAGUGAUAGCUUUGAGCUUUACUAUGGUUUGUUUAUGUAUAACCAGAAUGCUCUUGAACAGUUGGAGAGAUUGGAUAUGGCUUUUGAGUCCAUUAAAAAAGAGUUGUUUGGGAGAUUGCAUCAGGUUUACAGGAAGCAAAUGUUUGGUGGGGAGGUUCAAUCGGUGAAGAAAACAGAGGUGAAAACAGAGCAGAAAAUGCUUAACAAUGGAGGUGUUCCGAUGAAAGAGAUAUCAUCACCAUCUUCUUAA